AUGAAGAAAAUAGUCGGGAGGCGCAUACACGGUAAUCGGGUGCGCAAAAAUCAAUUCAAUUUGUCCAUCAAUAGCAGCUACUUAGUUCUGGAUGUAUGGGGGACUAUACCUGUUACAGGUACAGGGGAGGCAGGGCGGGGAACCCUGCCUGGGUAUUCAGUUCAAUCGUCGCCUCCGCCCAUUGUGGACGCCGCGCGCGUUCCUGUUUCAACGCGCGAAUCACGAACCUAUGCACAUUGUAACUAGUGUAGUGUACUAGUGACUAACAGUGUAUCCUGUUCCUGUUUACUGAAUUUUCUUUCAUAUCGGAAUUUUUUGCGACUUUUUAUUUGAUACUUUCCCUUCGAUGUGAUUUCACAAAAAAGUUUCAAAUUCUCUCAAGUGCAGUGCUUUAAUUGAAGAACGAUUUAUUUUUUCUAUUACUACUAUUUGAAAAAAAAUAAAAGAUAAAAGAGUUACCAGUUCGCGCUCACCUCAAUCAUGGAGUUCCUCGCCAGCACAGUGACGGAACGAUCAAAACAUUCACUUCAAACACAAACCGAUUCGUAUGUGUAUAGUUAAAAACAUCUAAGAUGUAGUAUAAGACUGUUCAAGUGAUAAAAUGAGCUUAUAAAUUAAGUCGAGAGAAAUGCCUUACUACGGGUAUCGGGACGGGGGAGAAUCGGACACUAGUGGGGGAUGCUCGGAAUCCGACGGGGUGGAGUCGGAUUCGGAAGGAGGGGUGAGCACGGAGAGUUCCGUGGGCCAGGGCCUGCCGUACCCCGGUUUCACUCCUGUCGCACUACGGUAUUUGACUCAAGACACAAGGCCAAGGAGCUGGUGCUUGAAACUCAUCACGAAUCCAUGGUUCGAGAGAAUAUCAAUGCUAGUUAUCCUGCUGAACUGCGUGACCCUUGGGAUGUACCAGCCUUGUGUCGACGAUCAAUGCGUCACAAACAGAUGUAAAAUAUUACAGGUGUUCGACGAUAUAAUUUUCGCGUUUUUCACACUGGAGAUGACAAUCAAGAUGGUCGCGAUGGGCGUGUACGGACACAGCACGUAUCUCGCCGACUCCUGGAAUCGACUCGACUGUUUUAUAGUAAUGGCAGGAGCAUUGGAGUACGCACUGAACGUGGAGAACAUAAACUUAUCAGCGAUCAGGACUAUAAGGGUGCUCCGACCACUAAGAGCCAUCAACAGGAUACCGAGCAUGCGGAUUCUGGUAAUGCUGCUCCUUGACACACUUCCGAUGCUCGGGAAUGUUCUAUUACUCUGUUUCUUCGUAUUUUUUAUAUUCGGAAUAGUCGGUGUCCAGCUGUGGGAAGGAAUAUUAAGGCAGCGCUGUGAACUCGUUUUACCGACCAACGUACUCAGACCUAACAUUUCGUUUUACUACGAGUUCUCUAAAGAGCUGGAUUACAUUUGCACGACACCAGAGGAUAGCGGAAUGCACCAGUGCGGAGACUUUCCUCCCUACAGAUACGGACCUUUAGUAUGUAAUGAGACGGCCAAGCCUUUCUCAUAUAAUAGACCUUCUAACGCUUCCUGUGUAAACUGGAAUCAGUAUUACACUAAUUGUACUCAGAGAGGAGCCAAUCCAUUCCAAGGGACUAUUUCCUUUGAUAACAUCGGACUUGCGUGGGUCGCUAUUUUCUUGGUCAUUUCUUUGGAAGGUUGGACAGAUAUAAUGUAUUACGUACAAGACGCUCACAGUUUCUGGGAUUGGAUUUAUUUCGUGCUCCUCAUCGUGAUUGGGUCAUUCUUUAUGAUCAACCUUUGCCUGGUCGUGAUCGCGACACAGUUCAGUGAAACAAAGAAACGUGAAAUGGAACGUAUGAGAGCUGAACGAGCACGGUUCACAUCGUCCUCGACCCUCGCUUCGUCUACCAACAACAGCGAACCGGCGACUUGUUACGCGGAAAUCGUGAAAUACGUUGCGCAUCUGUGGAGGCGAUUCAAAAGACGAAUGAUGAAAAAAAUAAGGGUAUAUCGAUAUCAACGCGCUCAGCUCCGAUGGAGAACAAGUCGGGAGACACUACAAUUGCCAUCGAACAAAACAAGACAGCAUCACCCUUGCUGUCCACGAGUGCAUCCACAGGGUAACGGUAAGGGUGUUGAAGAGGGUGGCGAGGAGCCCCUGAGUCGACCCAGUCUGUUGCGCGUCCCUUCACUAUCCGCAGCCGAUCUUGAGAACGCUUCAAAUCUCUCGCUGUUGUCACCUCCAUCGCUAAUAAGAAGAAGAUCGUCGGUGAUGUUUAGCGACACAGUGUUACUGCACACGCCGAACGCGCAGCACGUGGCUCAUCCGCAUAACGUAUGCUCUUCCGAGAAGAUGACUCAAACAGAAUUUGACCUGCCAGCAGGAGACACAGCUGAAGAACGAGCAGCUGCAGGUGGUACUAUGUCCUGCCAAGAACUACUUGCUUUGUCUGGAGCAUUGUCAGCUGCUUUACCUACUGGACAAGUAGCACUGGAUUCCUUCUUCGAAGAACUUACAAAGGGAAUCAGUAAGAGGGCCGGUGAAGAUAAAGCAGACACUAAAACUAUAGAAAUUGAAGACUUUUCUUGCUGUGUUGAUCUAUUGAUGGCCGAAGCUGCAGCUAAGGAAACUAGAAAAGGCAGAUUGAGAAACGCAUGCUGCAAGUUCUGGAAAAGUUUUUCCAAUUUUUUUUCUGAUAAACGAAAACGUAUAAAGGAAAUUGCCGAUCAUAAAUACUUUCAACAAGGUAUUCUGUUAGCUAUACUGAUCAAUACGCUAUCAAUGGGCAUUGAGUACCACAAUCAACCCGAGGAGCUCACUGUAAUAGUCGAGAUCAGUAACGUUGUGUUCUCGGCCAUAUUCGCUAUAGAAAUGGUUUUCAAGAUCAUUUCUGAAGGCCCUUUUAAAUAUAUCUCCAACGGAUUCAACGUAUUCGAUGGGAUAAUUGUAAUUCUCAGUGCGUUCGAGCUAGCACAGAGCUACGGUAACGAAAAGGACUUGGCAGGAAGUUCUGGUCUUUCGGUGCUUCGGACAUUUCGACUCUUGCGUAUAUUAAAACUGGUACGCUUCAUGCCGAACUUGAGGCGACAGCUUUUUGUAAUGCUGAGGACAAUGGACAACGUUGCAGUAUUUUUCUCCUUGCUUGUUCUAUUCAUCUUUAUAUUCAGUAUACUGGGCAUGUAUCUAUUCGGUGGUAAGUUUUGCAAGUACGUCGAGGACAAUGGCGCCGAGCGUGAUUGCACCUGCCCCGAGAUUGUUUCGCAUCAUCCCAAGUGUGAAUGCGACAGGAAACAUUUUAAUAACAUCCUUUGGGCGACGGUCACCGUUUUCCAGGUAUUAACUCAAGAAGACUGGAACGUUGUACUGUUCAACGGAAUGGAGAAAACAAGUCACUGGGCCGCUUUAUAUUUCGUUGCACUUAUGACUUUCGGGAAUUACGUACUGUUUAAUUUAUUGGUAGCUAUACUGGUUGAAGGAUUCAGUUCGGAGCGAAAUGAGAGAAGGGAACGUGAGCAACGCGAACUAGCAAAGUCUAAAUUAUCAAGUGAAUGUUUCUCUGAAAACAAUGAGUUACAAUACGAUGAGUCUAAUUCGGCAUCGCAUUCCAGCGAUAGUUUCUCCCAGAAUGAAAUAAAGAACUAUUGGAGGUCCGCCGAUGACGUUAGAAAAGCCAAAGACGACGUAAACGGCCACAAGGAUAAAGCGAUGAAAACUAAACGUAAAUCUAAAUCUUCACACCAUCCGACCCUGUGCAAGGACUGCGCCCAAUCAAACAAAUGCAAUAUACAAAAGGAAUCAAAGAUGCUAGCAAGCAAUGCAGGAGUAGCUGAAUCCGCAGCAGUUCCAAUGAUAACCCACACUGCAGCUACACCACAAGACUCACCGUCAACAACCUUGGAACCGGGAGCUUCGUUUAGAGAUUUCAAUAUGACUUUGAGUCUGGAGCGAUCAUCCAUGCUCUCUAGUUUAGAUUCAAUCGAUCGAACAUCUUGCGCAAGUAUUCCCGGACUACUCAAACCACCGAAUAGCUACACGCUCACACUCCAUUCAGCUCAGGCUCAACUCGGUGCUGAGAAAGCAAGACUUCCUCCGUUAACACUGGCGCCUCCUCCAUUAACCCUCGCUCUUCCACCGCUCCGGACCUCUUCACCGAGUCCCACAACUCCAACCACACCAAAAUCAAUGCCGUCUCCAGUGUUACCAGAAAAAAAUCUACAGGUCACAAUAGCCAAAGACGAGAAUUGCUUGACCACGAGUGACAAAUCUAGUCUACUGAGUUCACAAAAGAAUAUAAGUAUAGUUAGUACUACAGCCAACGGUGAGGACAAAUGCAGAGUACAAAGAGGAUAUAGCUGGCGUCUUUCCAAACCAAGUCUGAGAAGGAAACCGAAACAGAGGACCGGAUCUGAUUCAGAUGCGAUUGUCUUGAACAAUGGGAGAGACCACGCUGUUUGUAACGGAUCAGGUCUUAGGAAGAACGAGCUGCUUCUGUCGUCAUCGAUAGUGAUCAAGAACGACACCCAGUCGGAAUACCCAAACAACCGAUCUCGUUCACAACUUCCCGCGCCCAGAGUAUUAUCUGCACCAGCCAUGAAAGUAUCUGCGCAAAACGCUCCCUUAUUACCUGAUGUUUCAUGGAAGGCUCCGGAAGCAGGCUUUUCCUCGGAUUCGACUGUACGACUUGACGCGGUUAAACCACACCGACUAUCACUAACCAAUGACUACAUAACCGUAACAACAGUGUCGGAAGUGAAAUCUAGCAACUUGACUCCGCCUCCUGCGACAAUAUCCCGAGUUCCGUCGUUACCGCGGACUCCGAGGAACGAAGUAUCCACGCUACCGACAAGACCUAAUAAUCAACCCCUUCCACUCAUUAAGCAGAUUAAUGAAGAGGUAACGAUAAGCAACAACGUGUGUAUCUUUUCAUCACGUUUCGACAGAAGACAAUUCAGGUUCAAAGAUCUCUUCCGGUUCAUGGAGCCAACUGGAUGCCUCAAAGAGAAAGAACAUUACUCUCUUUAUAUUUUCGCUCCGGAAAACAAAAUGAGACGUUUUUGCGUAUGGAUAGUGACCCGAAGUUGGUUUGACAAUAUCGUCUUACUGUUUAUCGCAUUAAACUGCAUCACACUUGCAAUGGAACGCCCGAACAUACCGCCUGAUUCUAAAGAGAGACAGUUUUUAUCAAGUGCCAAUUACGUAUUCACUGCUGUUUUCGCUAUUGAAAUGUUCAUCAAGGUGGUUGCAUCAGGAAUGUUUUAUGGGCACGAAGCAUAUUUCACAUCAGGAUGGAACAUAAUGGACGGUUCGUUAGUGAUCAUAUCAAUCAUUGAUUUAUUAAUGUCAUUAGUAUCAGAAUCAAGUCCACGGAUUUUCGGAAUUCUCAGGGUAUUCAGAUUACUCCGUUCUUUAAGGCCGUUAAGGGUAAUCAACAGAGCUCCCGGCUUGAAGCUGGUGGUUCAAACGCUACUUUCGUCUUUAAGACCCAUCGGAAACAUCGUGUUGAUUUGUUGCACGUUUUUCAUAAUAUUCGGUAUUUUAGGAGUCCAGCUGUUCAAAGGAGCGUUCUUCUAUUGCGAAGGCGCGAAUAUAAAGAACGUUAAGAACAAAACCGACUGUCUGGCCAUUGAAGGAAAUGUGUGGGUCAAUAGGAAGUACAAUUUCGAUGAUCUUGGCAAAGCUUUGAUGUCAUUGUUCGUAUUGAGCUCAAGGGACGGUUGGGUGAACAUAAUGUAUACUGGCCUUGACGCUGUUGGUGUUGAUCAACAGCCAAUAGUAAACUACUCGGAAUGGCGUCUCCUCUACUUCAUUGCAUUUAUACUCUUAGUCGGAUUCUUCGUUUUGAACAUGUUCGUGGGGGUUGUGGUAGAGAACUUCCACAGAUGUAGAGAGGAACAAGAAAAAGAAGAACGUGUUAGGAGAGCCGCCAAACGAGCUCUGCAGAUGGAAAAGAAAAGACGAAAAAUGCAUCAAAGACCAUAUUAUGCAGACUAUUCUCAAACACGACUGUUUGUUCACAAUGUUGUGACUUCAAAAUACUUCGAUUUAGCCAUUGCUGGUGUGAUUGGUCUUAACGUAGUCACAAUGGCUAUAGAGUACUACAAAAUGCCGCCGGCAUUGCAAUACGCUUUGAAGAUAUUCAAUUAUUUUUUCACUGCUGUCUUCAUAUUAGAAGCAGUAAUGAAACUCGUUGCGCUGGGAUUUAAAAUAUAUCUAAAAGACAAAUGGAACCAAUUGGACGUGAUAAUCGUAAUAUUGUCAAUUGUCGGUAUAGUUUUAGAAGAAUUAGAGACGAAUAUAAUUCCAAUAAAUCCUACUAUAAUGAGAGUUAUGCGAGUUUUGAGGAUCGCAAGAGUUUUGAAGUUAUUGAAGAUGGCGAAGGGUAUUAGGGCCCUUCUAGAUACAGUAAUGCAAGCGUUACCGCAAGUUGGAAACCUGGGCCUGUUGUUUUUUCUGCUGUUCUUCAUAUUUGCGGCACUGGGAGUAGAACUAUUUGGCAGACUAGAAUGUUCCGAUGAAAUACCGUGCCAAGGUCUUGGAGAACAUGCCCACUUUGCCAAUUUUGGAAUGGCAUUUUUAACAUUAUUCCGUGUAGCGACGGGCGAUAACUGGAAUGGUAUAAUGAAAGAUACUCUGCGGGAAGAUUGCGACAGUUCAGUGGACUGCGUUCGCAACUGCUGCGUGUCUACAAUAAUCGCACCUAUAUUUUUCGUAGUAUUCGUGCUUAUGGCACAGUUUGUACUCGUCAACGUUGUCGUGGCUGUCCUAAUGAAACACCUAGAAGAAUCCCACAAACAAAUGGAAGAUGAAAUCGACAUGGACGUUGAGCUCGAGCGCGAAUUGGAACGGGAAGCCGACGACGAAGAAGACCGAGCGCUGUGCCGAGCCCUAGAGGAAUGUGUAUCCCCACCACGGCCACUGAACAAGGUACCAUCCCUUCCCGCAAACUUUACAUACAGCGAGCCGAAGCAGCCGCUGCCGUCACCGGCCCGACGCCGCCGCACGAUGCACUCGCACCACGCGCUCCUCCCCGGCCUCUCCCCUACUGGGCUCCCCCCGCGCCGAGCCUCCCUCUCGCCACACGCCUUCGGGCGCCGCCGACAGGACUCUGCAUCUGAGCCACCUGCCGCCCUCUACGAAGAAGACGCUAGAUUCAUCGACGCUGACGACAUCGAAGAAUUAGAGCCCGGUAGCCCUCCGAGACGAGACUCCUUUGCCCAAAAUCGAAGGCAGAGGGUUGACAAACGAAACUCUCUUCGCGGAGAAGAAGCCAGACUUUUGCGACCCGCGCUUUUGUCCGUUCCUACUACACGGCAGAGCGUCCGACUCAGCGGACCCAAACGAAGGUCAUCAACAGAGUCUGCCGUCGCGUGUACUUCAUUGCGAUCUCCCAACCAACAGAACCAAGCGGUUCCCGAAGCUAUCGACCGACUUAUAAGCGAGGAGGAAAAGAUACGUAUAGUGAUCGCGGAGAGGCGGAAGAUCGACACGGGACGGCCCGACGUGGAGGAAGCAGUCGAACUGUCAGAGCGUGGUUCUUAGUGCAGGCGCGGCCGGCCGCUGCUACACCAUGAAGUCUACAUCUAGACGCGAUACAUAAUCGCAUCCCAGAUGAAGCUUCUCUUCCUUCUCUAUCUUCCGAUAUUUUACUCUACCCUGUCACUUCUGGAACGUUCUUGAUACGGUCGAACAUUGAACUCGGUUGCACAAAAAUGCCAAAAGUGUUUGUUAAACAUUGUACAUUUGAUGUGAAUAUAAAUUGUGCCAAUGCAUUCUUGUUUCAACCGAUUUAAGUAUGGUGAUGCUUUGUCAUUUUCGUGUCAGGUACUACACUAUUUAGUUCCUUAGUGAUUUCCGAUUCAACCUUCUCAUCUUAACCAGUUGCGGUCGGUUCGAAGACUUCUGAAGAGACUUUAAUAAAGUUAAGAGUGUAUAAAACUGUGUAGAUAGGGCUUAGAACUAGUCAAUUUGUUGUGGUGGGACUUUUUCUACGUGAGCUGAAGUUCACUACGUAAUUUUAUUAUUAGGACGGUGCUUACUGUUAAAGUUUUAUCGAUUAUGUUCAAUAUUCAAUCAGUGAGUAUUUCCAUUAAGACCUCAACGAAAAAUUUCGUUUUUAGUAUAACGUAACGAAAUUAGGUUUUACGUAGAUUUUACGUGCAGAUGUUGAAUCGUAUAGAUAUAUUGAGCGUCAAUUUGAGUGUUAGUUUUAUUUUAAUACUAAGCACGGGUUUCGAAUCAUUGAAUUAUGGUAGUAACUUUAAAUGUAAUCCAACGAUUUGUAGACAAAAUCUUUAUUAAUUUUGAGUAUUUAGUUAUAUUAUUAUAAUCAUGUUAAAACAUUAGUGAACGACUGUGUAGCCUCGUAGAUUGUUGUUACUAGUUAGAAUUUCGUCAAUAUAAUGUGUUUAAGACGGAACCAAUCGUUUGCGAACUCUUUCAAAAUGUAUUACAAACUAUUUUCUCAAUGAAUAAAUCAUAUUUUCUUACAGAUAAAAUAGAUUUUUAACUGGUAAAACGCACAUAAGCAUAGACAGUAGACUCGUAGUGCAAGUUUGAGUUACAUAAUUACUGUUCGUUUUCAUUGUGGUCGAAAUAAUAAUUUAAUUUUAGGACUCUCAUUUCGUUGUCAGAUAAAAGUGAUUCUAAAAAUAAAGUACAAUGGAUACAAAUGAAAAAUUAUUAUUGGACGAACUAAAACAAUUGAACUGGAUGCAUUGAAGUUCAGUCGGAUUAUAAUUAUCUUGAUCGUUAACUUUUAUCUGACGAUUGAAAAAUCAGUACUCACUAAUCUAAUGUGAAUCGACGUGAGCAGUGCCAAAUAAACAACGACUAUUCUAUGAAAAGAAUACGUUGGCAAUUUUUUGUAAUUCCUUUUUCUUUUAUAUCGCUUUUGACUUUCUUUAAAACUCUUCGAUAUUAAUACUGAAUACAUCUGAUAUAUAGCCGUUGAGAGAAACAACAUAUUUGAAAGCAUAUUCAGAGCGAUUAGAACUAGGUUUAUUACAAAAAAAAAAAACUACUUUCAAACUCCUAGUUACGAUAAUGGAAAAGUACUUAGUUAAGAAAGUCAGCAAUAAAUUUUAUACUUCAACUGUGCCUUCCCUAUUUCUAACGUGUUAGCUCGAUGGAUUAAACUUGAUUAGGCUUCUGAAAUUUAAAUGUAUACUGUAGUUAGAGUCGGUGGAUAGUUACAAAAUUGAAUCUUGUUGAAACUUAUUAAGUUUUUGUUGUGUGUGCUAUUUGAAAGUUUAUAUAACGUAAGACGGUUUCCCUCGAAACGGAAUUAACUCCAUCUAGUCCAGUCGGCAAGUUGAAAAUGGUACAAAAUUUGGUAGACCUAUUUUCAGCGUUAAAUUAAAAUUAUAAAUAAUGGAGAUAGAGUUCCGGGAGCUAGGAGUUUUUUAUUGGAAAUUUCCUCCUCUUUGAGAAUCUUUUUUUUAAAUUUUUCAAAUAUUAAUAGUUUAUGAAAUAUUGGCGUAAAACGAAAUGCCAUUUUUUUUCAUCUUUAAUUGCUUAUAACUUUUGCAAUUUUUUUAUGUGCUAAUAGUACACGCUUUUAGCAAAUUUUCCUAGGCGUCAUUCCGGAUCCAAUGAGCUAUCGCACAUGAUUUUAUGAGCAGUAUCUCUAUUUUGUACCAUUUUCAACUUGUCGACUAAGCAUUCCGAAUAGGUACUACAAACUGUUCCGCUUUCAAUUCAGUGAACCUUGCAUUACGAACUUGUACUAUUUAAUAUUAAUGCCUUUGUUCCUUCGUUACAUUGCUUCCAUCGCUUCUAUAGUGACUUCGGUAAUCAAGUUAGCUUAUUAUUCUUUGUGCUUCUUCUUCCAUUAAAACUUAUCUUUUCUGUACAGCGUCUUCCAUUUAACGUAUUCGCCAUUUUUAACUUGAAAAAAAAAAACGAUUCAGAAUUACAAAAUUAGUCUAAAUAAAUCUGUAUUUUAGAGAAUAAAAAAACAGUCCUUAGAUAUUAUGAUUUCGUCGUCAUACAAAAGAAUUGAUUGAAUGGAAUUUAGUAAUUUAAGUAUACAGUAUUUUCGUGAUAAAAAUGAUAAGCUACGUGAUAAUGAUGAGUUUUUUUUCAGUACUGAUCGUUUACUUGUUUUAAGUGGUAUGAACAAUGUUCAUAGUUGAGUACAUCUGUUGUAUUAGCUGGUGAUCUGUCAAGUUACGAAAGUUUCAUCAUGUUAGGUUGAAAGAAUAAAAGUUUAAACUAAAA